CCGGAAAGUUCAUUACUUCUCCAUAAAAUCAGAGGCGGAUUUAUCGUACAAUUGAGAGGAAAUAAGAAUCCAUGAAAAAAAAAAAAAGACAGAGUGAGGACUCUCUAUCAAAGAAUUUCCAGUAGUUAGCUAAACGUCACGACCUGCUUCUGGUCCUCAAUGACAGACACUCGACUUUAAGCUAGUAAGAAUGAGCUUUAGACUGUGGACAUUUACUUAUUUGUGACGGGAACAAUUAAGGUUGAGUCAGAUCAGUCUGUGAAGAUGCCAGCUGGGGUGUCUUGGGCUCGGUACAUCCGGAUGUUAGGAGCCAGUGUUUUGGCCAUGUUUGCAGGAGCACAGGCUGUCCAUCAAUACUACCUGCCUGAUCUGAGUAUACCAGAUGUCCCACCAAAGCCUGGUGAGCUUCGAACGGAGCUGCAGGGCUACAAAGUCAGAGAAGAAGCCUUAAAGAAUGUUAAAUCUGAACAAGAUACCAGCUGAUGUGGAUCUACAUCCUCUGUGUGACAGACACUGAAAGAAGCAGAUAGCACUAGCCCCACUAUGUCAUGUGUGGGCUGUCUGCACAUAAAUAUUUUCUGUAUUUGGUGUUUUCUUCUAAUGGGACAAACAGGAGAAGAAUAAAGUACCAUACCAUUGGCUAUCAGGGAUAAGGAUCUUAUCCGGAUUAUCUCUCCCCCCCCCCUGCUGUUAUUGCAUUUCUUCUUCCUUUUUGAAUGUGUUUGCAUUGUUGAAGUGCAAAAUACUCUGAGGUUUUAAUCAUGAAAACAUAUAACGGGAGUUGGAGUCUUGAAAGAGUUUAUGGCCUCCACCAUGGAGAUAAAAAUAUGUUUUAAAUUAAAAAAAGACAUCAAACAAGAAUUUUGGCAGCACUUUGUGGUACAUGACAGUGAUUUAAACUGAAAUGCAUACAAUUUCCUUUUUUGGAACAAAAAUAUUCAAUAGAUACUUUUUUGGGCGGGGGAGUUGUUGCACUCAUUGGACAACAACAUGAGACUUAUAAUUUGUAAUGUUGACUUUAAUUGGCUAGGGAGGGGUAUAUGAAGUGUUUUUAGUAUAGUGUGGCAUGCAAUGCAUUAAUUUUUAUCACAUUUUUUU